UGCAGACUGCGCGUUCAUAUAUAGCUGUCCACCAUUCGCGCGUAAAUUCCGCCCUGUUGAUAACAGUGACUGUCGAGCGCAGUCCUGGAGAGUUCGACACUUAUGCUCGGUCACAUAUAACCGUUAAAAAGUUAUUGUAGUCAAAGGAUUGGAUAAAAAUUAAUUUGUGGAAAGUACUUGAUCGAGAUAGUCUUGGCUUCCAAGACACUGACCGAUAUUCUUCACAAUGGCCACGCCAGGGCUUGACCACUGGGCAGAUAUAACAGUCGUCGUUUUAUAUUUCAUCUGCGUUCUCAUCGUUGGAAUGUGGACGGUGUUUCGCCGGAGCCGGAACAAUGUCAACAAUUACUUCCUGGCAGGACGAAACAUCUCCUGGUGGCCGGUGGGUGCGUCGUUGUUCUCCAGUAACAUCGGGAGUGAACACUUUGUUGGACUAGCCGGUACUGGGGCGGCUGCUGGAAUAGCCAUGAUCUCCUACGAAUGGUUUAGUAUGCCGCUGGUCUUGCUCCUUGGCUGGUUCUUCCUUCCGGUCUACAUUUCUGCUGGGGUAUACACCCUCCCUGAGUACAUGGAAAAGCGGUUCGGUGGUUACCGGAUCCGGAUUUAUCUCAGUGUGUUGGCUCUAAUACUUUACAUCGUCACGAAGCUGGCCGUGAGUAUAUUUGCCGGAGCGUUAUUCAUACAGUUGGCUCUAGGCUGGGACAUGUACGUCAGCAUUAUGGCUUUACUGGGAGUGACAGCUAUAUAUACCAUUCUCGGUGGGCUGGCCGCAGUCAUCUACACGGAUACCUUCCAGACCGGCGUCAUGACUAUUGGGGCCUUGGCCCUGGUGGGCAUAAGUUUUAACGAGAUCGGCGGGUAUAACAACCUACAGCGGAAGUAUAUGGAGGCGGUGCCGUCAGUGCGCAACCUCAACAGCUCUUGCGGGCUACCACGUGAUGACGCUUUCCACAUCUUCCGAGACCCCGUAACGGGAGAUAAUCCAUGGCCCGGACUGUUGUUGCAAAGCUCCUUAGGGUGUCUGUGGUAUUGGUGCUGUGACCAGGUUAUAGUACAGCGCACUCUAGCGGCGAGGAACCUGUCUCAUGCCAAAGGGGGAUCAAUCUUAGCCGGGUACCUCAAACUACUGCCCAUCUUCCUCAUGAUAUUCCCGGGAAUGAUCAGUCGUGCUUUGUACCCAGAUGAAGUUGCGUGCGUAGACCCACAGGUGUGUAUGGAUGUGUGUGAUAAUCCAGUCGGAUGCUCCAACAUAGCCUACCCGAAAUUGGUGCUAGAGUUACUCCCCUUUGGUGUACGCGGUCUAUUGAUGGCCGUCAUGUUGUCCGCCAUUAUGAGCUCCCUGACCUCCAUCUUUAAUAGUUCAAGUACGAUAUUUACCAUGGAUCUAUGGCGCAGGGCCCGACCGAGGGCUACCGAACGGGAACUUCUCAUCGUGGGCAGGAUAUUCAUCGUAAUCCUGUGUGGGAUCAGUAUAGCCUGGAUACCAUUGGUUCGAUCAUCUCAAGGUGGACAACUGUUUAACUAUAUACAGGCCAUACAAGGUUAUCUCGGCACACCAAUCGGGGCACUCUUCGUUCUUGGCGUUUUCUGGAAACGAAUGAAUGAACAAGGAGCCUUCUGGGGUAUUCUUAUUGGCCAUAUAUGCGGAGUGGUCCGGAUGGGUUUAGACUUUGCCUAUCCAGCGCCCGAUUGCGGAGAUCCGGAAACCCGUCCUCCGAUAUUACUUAGAGUUCAUUACACAUACUUCGGUACCAUUAUGAUUGUCGUGACCUCUGCUGCCAUCGUCAUAAUUAGUCUGUGUACACGUCAACAGGACGAGGAGCAGCUUGAGGGGGUCACAUGGUGGACGAGACUCAAGCCGGAAGACAAGGGAGAUGACUCUACUGACAGUCAUAUCGACCAGGAGAAGGAUACCUCCCCGGCUACUAAUGGUGUACAGAUUUCUGAACCGGAAGAUGCAGAUGAAAGUACUGUCGGAUGUGCUAAGCGUGCGUGUAACUAUGUGUGUGGAAUGCCUGACAGUGAUUCUGGCGCGGCUGCUCCAAGCGCCGAUUUGACCCAGAUUAGAGGAUUUCUGAAGGAGAACAAGAGAUGGACUAGAGUAUUAAAUAUCAAUGCAGCCAUUGGACUCAUAGUGACAGCUUUUUUGUAUGGGUUUUACCGAUGACGUGAUGAAUUUGUCCUGAAUUUCGAUCAGUUUGUUUUAUAAUGUUAACGCGCUUUAGACGUUCGUGUCAGUGUCAAUAUGGGCAUAAAUGUUGAUACGCAAAUGGAAUAUUUUGCAGAACAGUUCACUGACAUCAAAAAGUCGUGAAUGCAGAUACGUCGAUUCUUGUCAAACUUUCAAACAAGUUGAUACAGUGCAUCAUUGUCUUUACAUAGGUUUCACUGUCUACAAACAAAAUUCAACAUAUAUGGUAUUCUGAUGUACAAAACUGAUAAAUAAAAAUAGCUUUUGCGCUUUUGUUUAAAA